AGCCAUUGGAAAGUUCUCGCGAAUUUCUCCAGUUUCUUCUGGUCCAACUGAGGAUUGUUAUGGUUCUAUUUAAAUGACCGUUUGCGUCCUUAAAUGAGCGUGUUUGACCUCUUUCGUGGGUUUUUUGGGGUCCCUGGUGGUUAUUAUCGUGGAGAUGAGCGGAGGGACCCGUUCUUUGGUGGUAUUGUGAAUGAAGAUGAUGAUGAUGAAGAUGAAGAGGAUGACAAUGGAUUUCACUAUGAUGACUUUAACAGAUCCCAUCAGGACCCAUUAGAUGAUCUCUUUAGAUUUGGUUUCAGUUUUGGUCCUGGCGGGAUGCGCUUUCAGGAACCUAGAGGGUUCGGCCAGAUCUUCAAGGAGAUGGAGGAGAUCUUUGCUGGUCAAGAUGGGUUUGGACACUGGAGUGUCCCAUCGAUAGAAGCUCCGCCUCCUCUGGAUGGUCCUGUAAAAGGCGGACAUGGAGGGGGAAGCGGAAACUCGCUCAGGGAUUUCAUGUUGAAGUCUCCUCAGAGUUCACCCCGCAGCCCAUCCCGCACUCCCCCCUCUGCAACACCCAAAGAAGGGAAUUCCACAUCUCCACAGGGUCCCAAUGACCCCUUUCCUAAACUGAGACCCUUCUCAAAGUUUCAUGACCUUUGGAAAGCUGGUCUGGUAGGACCAAAGGAAGGAGAGAGAAAAGAGGAUGGAGAUCUUGACUCACGGGUGUCAUCAGGUGGACUGGAUCAGAUCUUAACUCCAGCACCUUCACAGCCAAAAAUUAGGUCAUUUUAUAAAUCUGUCAGCGUUUCCAAGGUGGUCCGACCAGAUGGCACUGUUGAAGAACGGCGAACGGUGAGAGACAGUGAAGGGAAUGAAGAGACUACAGUGAGCAUCACAGGAGGUCCAGGUGUUGAAAAUCAAACUGGUCCUCUCACGCCAGGUGAUUCUAGAUCUUCUACGGACAUGCAAGAUGAUUUCUCAAUGUUUUCAAAGUUCUUUAGAGGCUUUUGAGGUUGAAAGAGUUCACAAAUAGAGAACAAUGUCCUUUCAUUCUGUCCUCAUAUACCCACUAUCUGAUUCCACAUGGUUCAGUUUGAUUGAAUUCAUCACUGGUCAUGUGUUCUGAUCCAGUGAGUGUGUAAGUAAUCCAUUGCUUUGGGAUUGCAUUAUGCCUCAACACCAUGUUGUUGAAGGUGAUUGUUUAAAAAAAAAAAAUUGGUUUUCUUACCCAAAAUUAGUAAACCAAAUCUCCAGCCUUGUUUAUUUAAAUAUCCUUUCAGUCAUAAAUGAACAAACAAUACUAUUACAUUGUGAACUGUGUCAGUUGUUAGGUUAUGCCACUGGUUUUAAGGUUACGUUACAGGAAAAGGAGAAAAAUGAGACUGACUGCCCAACAUCACACAUAUUGUGUCUUAGAAAUAAAGAUUCAGUCAAGGCUGUUUCGAAAUAUAACGUUAAAUGAUUAUUUUGUGAAACUUUAAUUUAUUUAUCAUAAAAUGUAUUUUUGGAGGCUGUUUUGUGAAAUAAAGAAAAAUAAAUAAGA